CUUUCGACUGCUAAAGUUUGUGUUUAAAAUGUCCGUGGCGUACGUGGCCAAGAAUCUGUUGGCGGUCGCGCUGUUACAGCUCUGCGCUAUGGCCGUCGUUGGCAGCGGGAGUAGCAGUGGCAGCUUCGACGUAUCAGACGACAGUUCCAGCUCCCUCGAGGGCGUGACGGAGCUGCUGAGUUCGGCUAAAGACGUCAAAGUGGGGCCAGCCGUGCUGGCAGCCAUCGCCAUCGUUGGAGGCGGCGUCGUGUGUCUAGCAGGCUACCGACUGUUCCGUCCUACGGUCUUCUGCUGCGCCUUCAUGAUCGGUGGCCUCUUCGUCGCGGGCAUCGUCGAGACGGCCUUCGCUAGCAUGAGUUGGAUGCCCACAGCCUCGUGGAUCGGCUUCGCUGUCGGUGGCGUCAUCGCCGGCGUCGUCGUGCUCAUGCUGUACAGCGCCAGCAUCUUCCUGGCCGGUGCGGCAGGCGGCGUCAUGCUCGCCUUUACUAUCAACACGUCCGUAGGUACCAAGAUCUACCCGGACAACCCGGACGUGAUUUUGGUCGUCUUGGCUGUGGUUCUGGGCAUCAUGGGCGGCAUCCUGGCGCUCAAACUGGAGAAACCUGUGCUCAUCGGCACCACAGCCAUCGUCGGCGCUACGAUUUGCGUCUGGGGCGUCGGAUAUUUCGCCGGGGACUACCCGAAUGGCGCCGAUCUCAAGCAGUUCCGAGCACAGAACGACAAGGGCGACUGGGUGUACAACAUCCCGGACGCUUGGUGGGGUUAUCUGGCUGGAAUGAUUGUGCUAUUUAUCCUGGGCAUGAACGUACAGAUCAAGAAGACGGCGCGCGGAUACGACCACAGCGGCAAGACAGACACCCACGCAAUCUCCAAAUCAACCGGCAACGCAGCCGUUUAAAGCGACAAAUAAGCAAUGAGAGACGCUCAUGGCGGUGUUUUGAAUGUAUGGAGCUGUCCAGUGCGUUCUCUCGGCAGUAGCGGAUACGUAUUCGUGGGGGUAUAUAAACGUAGUGCAGAAUAUUCAUGCAUAUAUGAACAUAAUCUACUUGAUCAAACAGGCUGCAGAUUAUCUCCUUCGAUUGAUUAUUCUAUGUCAGAGGAUGUCCACCAGUGUUUCGUCAUGGAUAAGUGUAAGAAUUAUUAGCAGA